AUGGUUUCACCUAGCACAUUCCAGCUUCAUUUCUUUCUCAUCUUGGCUCUCGCAACCACAGUUUUCUCAGCAACAUUGUCUCCUUCUUACUAUGAGCACGUGUGUCCCCAAGCUUUGCCAACCAUCAAACGAGUAGUGGAAGCUGCUGUUAACAAAGAACGCCGCAUGGGUGCUUCGUUACUACGUCUACACUUUCAUGAUUGUUUCGUUCAAGGCUGUGAUGCCUCAAAUCUUCUAGAUUCUACAUCCACCAUCGACAGUGAAAAGAAUGCAAACCCGAAUAAUAAUUCGGCCCGAGGAUUUGAAGUCAUUGACCAGAUUAAGAACGAAGUUGACAAAAUUUGUGGAUGUCCUGUGGUUUCUUGUGCAGACAUUUUGGCUGUUGCAGCUCGUGAUUCUGUUGUUGCGCUCGGAGGGCCAACAUGGAACGUACACCUUGGGAGAAGAGACUCAACCACAGCUAACCGGACCUUAGCCGACAAUGACAUCCCAGCGCCAACCAUGGACCUCCCUGCACUAAUCAACAACUUCAAAAAUCAAGGACUAGACGAGAGUGACUUAGUUGCGCUCUCUGGCGGUCACACUCUUGGUUUCGCAAAAUGUCGUUUCUUUAGAGACAGAAUUCACGACGAAACAAACAUCGACGACGACUUUGCAGAAGAUCUCCAAGAGAAUUGCCCACGUACAGGAGGAGACGGCAACCUUUCUCCAUUAGACCCAACACCUGCACGCUUCGACACCGGGUACUUCUCAAACUUGUUGGAGGAGAAGGGGCUUCUUAAAUCAGACCAAGCUCUUCUCAGUGGGGGCUCAACUGAUGAACUCGUGAAGACAUACAGCCAAAAUUUAGACGCUUUCUCUGCUGAUUUUGCAAACUCUAUGACUAAAAUGGGCAACAUAAAAGUGCUGACCGGGAAUCAGGGUCAAAUUCGUUCAAACUGCAGGAGGGUGAACUAA